CGUCUUCACGAUUAUUUUGAUUAGUGUACCGCGUGCAUCAGAGAAGCCCGCUGCUGCGGAGGAUAAGUUGGCUUUAUGGGAUAUAUCAAAUUUGGGUUGGUGGAAACUGCCAGGCCAGUUAGAAUAUCUAAUUGGGUUUACUAGGUUUCUCUUGUAUAUAUAUCUCGUACUUUACCUAAGCGGCAAGUAUGAGAAUUUUCAAUGUUUGCAAAUAUAAUUAGUUUAUAAAUGUGACAUCAGUCUUUCUGCAUACACACAUUUCUAUUGAUGUCCUGAUUAUAUUGCAAAUAGUAUUGGACAGAAUAGUAACAAUGUUGUGCAGUAUAAGACAUUGUCUACCUUCUGUGGUAAGACGUAUCUCAUUAUUUCGUCAAAAUAAUAAAAGAUAUGAGAUAAAUAAUAACAACGAGUUUGUGAAUAAGGUGAUGAAUGGUACAGUGCCAGUUAUAGUCAAUUUUCAUGCAGAAUGGUGCGAUCCAUGCAGAAUAUUGACACCUAAAUUGAUAGAGCUCAUAGAACCUAUGGAAAAAUUAGAUCUAGCUAUCAUCAAUGUAGAAGAGAAUCCUGAACUAGUACAUGUUUUUGAAGUAAAAGCUGUACCUGCAGUAAUAGCGAUUUCAAACGGCCUAGUUGUAGACAAAUUUAUUGGUUUAGUAAAUAAUGAAAUGAUAGAGAAUCUAAUACAGAAGCUAACACAUGGAGGACCAAUAGAUACAGAGAGCGAGAAUACGAAGGUGUAGUUAUUAGGCAUAUUCUACACUUUCUUUUAAAAAUGUAUUUUCAUAUUUAUAAAAAUGUAAUAACUUCAGUUACUUUAUAAAUAGUUUGAUGCCUUCUCUUAUCUGUUAUUUAAACAGAGAAAAUAUAGUAUCUUAAGUUACUCUGAACAAGAAACUCUUUCCUCUUAAGGCCUUCUUUUUAUCUAAUCUAUAUAAGAUAAGUAUUGCUGGUCAAACUUACCAAUAUGUUUUACGUUUCUCCUCAUCUUAUCCAUCAUUAAUUGCUCCACAUCUACCCAUAUAAUAUAUAUGUAAGUGUUAAUUUUUAUAAAUCUGAUAUCUGGGGUAUAAUAUAAUGGAAGAUUUUUAUAUUUCUCUAUCUAGAAACUCUAUAAUAUAUAGAAGUUGUUCAUCAGUCUGUAUUAUUGAAUCGACCAAAAAAAUUAAUGCAAUAGCAGUUUUUCUUUAGAACUUUCAAAGAUAUAACAAUUCUAAUACUUAUAAGGCUUUUAAAAUUGUAUGAAGUAGUUAUAAUAUACAUCUUUUUAGACCUGAUUUUCCUCAUUAUUUGUGAGACUGAUAUCUUUACUUGGUAUUCAUAUAUUUCAUAUAGUAUAUGCAAAUUUGUUGAAUAAUUUAAUGAGUAAGUCCGAUAACGAAAUAUGUGCAAAGAUAAUAUAUAUAAUUUAUUUUCACUUCAGCUAUAUAAAAGCCAAAAAAGGCAAAGAUAAUAAUGAACUCUGUGAAUUGAUUCGAAUAUAACUGCAUGUAUAUAUA